UUGAGCAAUUGUUGCAACUAACGUAUACAUUGCAGCUCCAGGAAGUAUAUUGCAGGGUUGCCCCUGAUUUUCGUGGAUACCUUGUAUUACACCAAGCAAGAAAAACAUACCAUGAAUCUAGGGGAUGGUUUGAAGCUGGAAACAAGAGUGCUGGAUGGGAAACCCAAAUUAAUCUUGGCCAAAUAUGAUUCUCAGCCUAAAGAAGCAAAGAAGCAGAUUAGUAGCAAAACCAAAGCCCUUAAGUAUACUGUCAGAGUCAAGCAGGUGGUCCAUGAUGCUGGUUCAACUUCCAAAAAUCAUACAAAGCAAGAUAAAUCGGUUGCCAAAAUCACUUCUAUUAAUGGGACUGUACCUGGAGUUUCAUUACUUGCAGAGAAAAUUCCCAGGGAGCAUGUAGCAUCCAUUCAGAAGACAAAUGGGGUAGCCAAGAAUAUUGUAAAUGAGCACAUGCAAGCACCUCAAAGAGCAUCGGCUGUGAACCAGAAUGCAGAAAAACUGAAGACUACAGUUAAAAAACCUUCUUCCCUUAAGCAGGGUCCACAGAAGAGGCAAAAGAUUUCAGCUGAAGAUCUUCGAGACAGUUUGGUAUGUUUAACUCAAGAACAGUUUCAAAAGAUUUUGGCUACUAUUACGCAAGCAUCAAAAUCCAACCCUGAUAACCAAGACAGUGAAAGGAAAGAAGAACUGGUGCAUGAAACUUCAUCGGAGCAGUCCAAAGGUACUGAAGAGAUGAGAGAAGAGAGUAUUGCAGGUCUUUUGGGUAAAGAGAUGAUAGUGAGUUCUAACUAUGUUAACAGUAAUUCUGAGCCAAAUGAAAAACAUGAAGCAGUUGAAGAAAACAAGUGUGAUACACCAGAGUUUACCAGUGCGGCUCAAACCAAGGACCCACCUGACUUCUUUAAUACUCUUGGAGAAAGAGAGAAUGAUAAAGAUCAACUGGAUGCCAGAAAAGCACAGUGGAAAAAGGAACUAGAUGAACAAGUGGCUGCUAAGAAGAAAGAGAGGGCACUACAACAGACUGAAAAAGUUGUUUACCCAUGGGGAAAGCCUAUGGGAGUUACUUCAUCUAGUUGUUAUUUUGAAAAUGGAUUAACAGAAUGUCAGACAAAGGCUACUUUAGCAGGUGAAUCGGACCCUGCUGUCAAAGAAGACAGAGUAGUUAAGACUGCAUCUGCUGCUGAAAAUACAGAUAAAUCACUUUCUCACAAUACUUCAUCCGGGAAGCCUGCUAGUUUCAGCUCUCCAGAUUUACCUGCUGCUAUACGCUCUGCAUUUGUGCUUGGGGAAGCUGCACCUUUGGAUCAUCCAUUCAGUGCUGCAAAACAUGAACAACAAAAGCAGUGGCUUGAAGAAUUGGACAAGCAGAGGGAAGAGGCCAAAGCAAGAAAAAUUCAGGACAGAAUGAAACGUAUGGAGGCUGAAGAACAUGACAAGUGGGCAGUGCAUUUUGAUUCAUUUCAAAAGAAGCCGUAUCCUGAUCUUCAGCACCAGAGCUCUACACCGAGACAGAAUCUUGAGACUCCAAGCAUGUCUUUGGAAGUUCAAGCAUCAGAUGUAGCCGCCAUUUUUCCUUCUGCUCCUAGUCAUGUGCCUUCUUCAGAAAAUCACAACAUAAUGAGAAGCAGUCUUGAUGCAACAUCAGGGGACUAUCAGAAACACAGUUUUCUUCGAACUAUGACUGCUUUGCUGGAUCCAGCACAGAUUGAAGAAAGAGAAAGGAAACGUCAGAAGCAGCUAGAACACCAGAAAGCUAUAGCAGAGCAGGUGAAGGAACGACAGAUGUUAAAAGGGCUGGAAGAGGCAAAGAGAAGGCAAGAAGAGCAAGCAGAGGAACGCCGCUUGGCUCAAGAAAGAGAAAAAAUGCAAAAGCAGUUUGAAGAGGAUAUGCUUAGACAAAAAGAAAAAGAAGAGCUGCAGACCCGUAAAAUUAAUGAGUUGUAUCAAAGUGUGCAGCGAGCACAAGAACAGGCUGUGAAGCUGAAACAGGAACAGAGAAUUAAGGAGCUAUCACAAAAGGGGCAUAACAUUUCAAAUCUUCAGUGGCGUCUUGGUGAUGAACAGAGUCCAGUGAACAGUACUGCUGCAACAGCAAUUUUAACACCCCGUGACUUUUCCAGUAGUGAAAAUAAAUCUGAAUUGAAUGAGAAUGCUCAUUUGAUCACAGAAGCUGAUAAAUCACCUAGAAAAGACACCGCUGUUCAGACAGAUAACUCUGAAGUACCAGAUAAAGUGAUCAACUCUGAAGCGUAUACUGGCUUAGUUAUCGAAAAGCAUGUGAUACUUGGCUCUCCAGAUAUUCCUGUUGAAUACAGAGCAUCGUCAAAUUGCAGAAAACUCAAAAGUGAGUCAAGGUUUGUCGAAAGAAAUGCAACGGGAAGAGAGAUUUCUAAGUACAAUAGUCUGUCUGAUGAGGUUGCAAGGACUCAUAAACAUCAUGCAACACAUUUAGAGAGACUUGGAAAGAAGCCAGAGUGGAAUACAAGUAAACCUGUGAAAAAAUAUAUUCCAGCUUCAGAACGGUACCCUUCUGAAAUGCAGAAAGAAAGAGAAGAAAAUAAAAUGAGAAGACAGAUGGAGAUACUAAACUUGGUAGAAAGAAAUGCUUUUGAGAAUUUGGGUCAGAAGAAGAGGUCAUCACCAAGAAAUGUGUUACCUGACAAAUCUUCAGCUUCACCAGAUCAGGUUACGGAUAGAGGAGGAAGAGCUCCUCACAAAAUGGAAGAAAACAUGCAGAAGGGGAAUCUAGACAAUCGAACACACAUCAGCUUGGAAAACAGACCAAAUUCUCCACCUGUUCCAGCGGUGAAAAACCGAUUACAUCAGCUUCAACAGAGGCAAACAAAUGCAUCCAAACCCUCAUUUUAUAAUGACACUAUUGAUAAAAACCGAACUGUUUCUAAAGAUAAUCCAGUGAGGGAUAUUCCUGAAAUAAGUGACCUUGAGAUUGAGAGACCUCCCUCUGCACACUUUGUUCCUUACCUGAGAACCAAUGAAGUUUACCAUCUUGAUCCAGAUGCUCCAAUGUCAAGACCUUCAACACAGGAUGCACACCAGAAGCUUCACAAAGAUACAAGUCAAGGAGGACAGGUGUAUAACAGCAGUCAAAUGAGGGACCCUUUACUUAAUCCUGAUUUGCUAAAAAACAGAGACAGACAACAAGCUAUCCUUCGAGGUCUGUCAGAACUACGUCAGGGAUUAUUACAAAAGCAGAAAGAGCUAGAAAGUGGAUUAUCUCCUGGUAUGCUACACUAAGAGGAAUUAAUGUUCACAAUAAAAAAGGGUCUGUAUAAAAUGCUACCUUGUGAAACUGGAUCGUAACAAUGAUUUGUGCACUGUUGCUUUUUUUAUAUUUAUUUACAAACCUUCAUUCCUAUCCAAGUUUACAAAGACCACACCACUUCGACAAGCCAGCAUCAGACAAAAGGGUACUGAACAGCUACAGAACCAUCUUUAAUUAGCAAUAGAGAAGAAUCAGUGAAGGAAGCAAUUGGAGAUAUAGCAUUUAAUUGGAAGUAAUCUGGUAUUCAGCUGUCCCACAGAGCAGGAGAGGCACUGUUUCUGUACAGAAAAGGUUUUGAUUGGGGCACUUUAUGCAGCCAGCAUCCUUCAUUUUCCUCUGCAACUGUCUGGGAGAUAUAUAUGUUCUGCUGAGAUCAGGCUGCUCGAAAGAGUGUGUAUCUGCCUUAAAAAUGUUGCUUUAAACUGGCCUGACUGUCUUUGCAGCUAAGGAUGGGCAUUUGCUUGUUUAACUGGCAUGAGGAUGAUUGUGCUUAACUUGGGCAUGCAGCCUUAGUUUGUCACAUCUCUUUUUCUACAGAGUUAGUGUUUGUAUGUUAAAGCACUUUAGUGACUGUUAAAAAAAGUGAAUUUAGCAGUCAGUUUGCUGUAAUUUCUACUUUAUGUUAACAUUUAACUGGAUGCAGCAUUUUGCUGGUUAACACUGCAUUUUAAUGACUUGACAUUUUUGUUAGAUUGAUUUGAUACUUGAAUGAAAACUGUUUUUAUUUUUAUACUUUAUUUUAUUACCAAAAUAAGUAAUGCACUUUUUAUACACAUCCAAUAAAAUGUACAUAUAUUUUACAUUUUGUCAAAUAGGUAGCAGUGUCUAUUGUUUUAGUAGCAUGUUUCAGUGGUGAGUAGUAUAUAUUUAUUGGUUCCUGACUUUUAUAUAUAUUUAAAAUUUUCUUUAAUGUGCCAAGUGUAACGUAUUGUACUACAUAAAAUAAAAAAUAAUGUUAUUAAAAUGAGAAAAACAUUUUAUUUUCAAAAACAUGUUUUAACACAACUGUUAGCAAGGUGUUUAUGUAUGUUUUGUACUUUCAUUGCCCAUAAUGACAAAUUUCUAUGAUAUGAGUUUUAUUCUGGUUGAUAUUUGAAUUACACCCUUACUUGGAUGCUAUUUGUGAGGCUGUCUUGUUCUUGAAAUCAUUUUUCCCAUUUUGCUAGAUUGCCUAGCUCUACCCUGUAUUCAACAGUGUCAAAAAGAAUAUCUUGGUAUCAUUUCUGAUGCCAAGGUUUCAUGGCCAUUCUUUGUAGUUUUUUUUCCCAUUCUAAGGAAAGCAAAAGUUGCAGUGAGUCAAAGAUAGUUUUAGACUUCAACGUGGUAGAGUGUCAAACUUUCAGCUUUUCCCGGUUAGGGGUCACCACAGCGGAACUCCGGUCCGCUCA